CUCGUUGAUUAGAGCAAAUCCCAAAAUUUUUCACUUAUUAUACUCAGCUGAGCCAAAAUACGCCAGGCGGAGAUUAAUACGGGCGAGAUUUUUCUUCGUUUUGAAGCAAAUCAAACAGCUCGAAAGAAUUUGCGUAGAUUCGAAAACCUAUUAAACUUUGAUAGCAAAUUGAGGCUUUGAGCUUGAAGAAAACUAUGUCAAAUAUCACAGUCUGUGCUCGAUUCAGGCCGUUAAGCUCGAAAGAGCGAAGAGAUCACGGCGACAGUGUUUGUAUCAGAUGCAUAGACACCGAGACUUUCAUUUUGAAGGAUGAGAAGGAAGAAGAUAUUAUAUUUAGCUUUGAUAGGGUGUUCUGUGAGAAAUCGGACCAAGCUGAGGUUUAUGAGUUUCUAGUUCUGCCUAUUGUUCGAGAUGCUGUUAAUGGAAUCAACGGGACGAUUAUUACUUAUGGACAGACUGGAGCUGGAAAGACGUAUAGCAUAGAGGGGCCUGGCAUUCUAGAAUGUGGCGAGCAGAAGAAAGGAAUACUUCCAAGAGUAGUAGAUGGAAUUUUUGAGCAUAUCAAACCUGAUAAAAUGGCAAAGUACUUGAUCAAGUUGUCAAUGGUUGAAAUCUACAUGGAAAAAAUAAGGGACCUUUUUGAUUUAUCCAAGGAUAAUAUACAGAUAAAGGAGAGCAAAAUAGAAGGGAUAUUGUUGUCUGGAGCAACAGAGAUGUCUAUAAUAGAUCCUGCAGAAGCAUUACAAAGCCUUUCAACUGGGAUAGCUAACAGAGCAGUUGGAGAGACCCAAAUGAACACGGCCAGUAGUAGAAGUCAUUGCAUUUACAUUUUCACAGUCAAACAAGAAUUGACUGGAGAUAAGAGGAUGAAAACUGGAAAACUAGUCCUUGUGGACUUGGCAGGGUCAGAGAAGGUGGAGAAAACUGGAGCUGAAGGGAGGGCUCUUGAAGAAGCAAAAAUGAUCAACAAGUCCCUCUCAGCUCUUGGGAAUGUUAUAAAUGCUUUGACAUGUGGCUCAGGCAGAGCAAACCACAUCCCUUAUCGUGAUUCCAAGCUUACUCGGAUUCUACAAGAUGCACUUGGUGGGAACUCUAGAACUGCUUUAUUGUGUUGUUGCUCCCCGAGUGUUUCUAAUGCAUCAGAAAGCCUGUCAACCCUACGUUUUGGUGCAAGGGCAAAGCAUAUUAAAGCAUCACCACGGGCUAACUGUAAUGAGGAUAAAUAUUCCAAGAAGAAUGAAGCUCUCUGUCCUGAUAAAGAUGAAUCAUGCAAGAGAAUUCUAAAUAAGUUGAAGGAGAGUUUGGAUAUUGAAGAUGUGAAAUUACUUGAAGAGUUGUUCAUACUUGAGGGAAUUUUAUUUGAUCCAUAUUCAGUUGAAGAGUUGGAACCAAGUUAUGAAGAUGUUACUUUACGGACCAUUUCCUCAUUACAAGCAGCUGUGGAAGAGCUUGUAUUUACUGUUGAGGAGCUUAAGAUGGAAAACUAUGCUCUCAAAGCCAGAAUAGUAGCUGCUGAAAGGCUUGAUGUGCUCCACAAAGAGAGUUGCAAAAGUUCAAACGUUCUGCAUAAGAUUUUAAGUGCUUUCAGUUUCUUCAAAUGGAUGGGGUCAGUCCCUUCUGUCAGGUGGCUGAAAUGAAGACUUAAUUGGCAUUUCAUGGUGCUGUCUCACACACAAAGUAUAAACAUUUACAGAAAGUGCAUAGCAGAAUUCAUAAAUUUUACUGCCAUUGGCAUGACUAGAUGACUUUGACCAUCUGAUCUGCUGUAUUCUCUUAAACUUAGGAAACAUAGGCAGUGCCAGUACAGAAACAAAAAAAAAAAAAAAAAAAAAACAGGUACAAUGUAAAAAGUAUGCACAUAUCCACCCAAAAUUCCCUAAUACAUGGGGCAUAUAUUGGAUCUUAUGCUAUCAGUUGCAAGGAAUAGAAUCACUGAGCAUAGUUGCCUGAUGGGACUCUCUAAUUCUUCAUACCUUAUCAUAUAUGAAUAGAUAUUUUGC